GUAGUCCAAAAAUGAAACAUAGUAAACAAUAAAAUAAAAUACGUUCUCUAUAUACCACAAGAAUGCUGAUUGAACAAUUAAGUGAACAAGUUAGAAAUCUCACUGCGAUAGUGGAAAAACAGUCGCAGAUAAUUGCACAAACUGGUCAACAAGUUUUGGAUUUACAAGUUAAAGAUGUCAAGUCUAAAAUGAAUAGUAUGGAUAUUGAUGGUGGCAAACCAUCAAUUGAUGUAGAUGAUUUUGUUACCAAUGAAGAUAUUGUUCAAUUAGUGGGUGAAUUACAAGGACAAUUGGAUUUCUUAGAGGAUAGAGGAAUUAAAAGAGUGAUAAACUCAACCAUAGAUAAGACUGAUUUGAGAGCAAUCAUUGCUCCAUUAACUAAUCGUGAUGGAGAAUUACCAAAUAAUGAAAUUUUCCCCAAUACAGUUGAUGAAUUUUUAAAUAUUUCUCCACCAACAAUUAUUUUAUUGUGUGAAUUUUAUGAAUUAAUUAAUAAUAAUAAUGAUGAAUCCUUACAGAAAUUAUUAGAAUCUGGUGCAGUUUCAAGUAUUGAAGAAGCACAUGCAGUCUUCCAACAACAACAAUCUGAAUCUUUAGAAGAUAAAUUGAAGGCUUAUACUCCUCAACAACUUGAUAUCUUUGUAGAUGAAUUGGCUAGAUAUCUUGGGUUACGGUUUAGAAAGCAGAAACUGGUGUGGUAAAAUGAAAAAUAUCA